AUGAGUUGUACCAGAAUGAUUCAAGUUUUAGAUCCCAGCCCUCUGACGAAUUCAGUCAUGCUGGUUGAUGUGGCCAUGAGAAUCUGCUUUCCUCAUUCACCACUUCUAAAGAGUUUCCUGGGCCCUUCUGAUGAAUUCCAGCAAAGAAAUUUUAUGAACUGGUUAAAGCCUCUGAAACCAUGUCUCAACAUCAAGCAUGAAACAAAAACACAAAAUGUCUGGAAGCACUCACCCAGCCACACCAAGAAGAAAGUCGUGCUUGCAGUCUCCAAGAGUCUGUCCUUCACUGCAAUUAAUGUCUUCUCUGAUUUCCAGGAAGGACCUGUGCUGGAUCUUCAGUUUGACUUGUUAGGCCUGGCAGAUGUCACAACUGGUCUCAAGCUUCAUGAAGAGAAAAACUUGAUUUUGAAUUUCCUUCAACCAUCAACUGACUAUUUAAAUUUCUGGAACUACCUUCAGAAGAAUAUGGUCUGCAUGGAGAACUGUUCUCUGCAAGAGAGAGUUUUGACAGGAACAAUGAAAGUAAAAAAUAUGAGUUUUGAGAAGGUCCACAUCCACAUAACCUUUGACACAUGGAAGACCUAUACUGAUGUGGACAGUGUCUAUAUGAAAAAUGUCUAUGGAGGCUCAGAAACUGACACAUUUUCAUUUUCCAUUGACUUGCCUCUUGUCAUUCCAACUCAGGAGAAUAAAGGUAUAGAGAAAACAUGA